ACUUCGCGAUGACGAUUCAUCGAUGCGCGCGUACAUUUACGCGCCCAACCCCCACACGCCGUCAGCUAAAGUGCGCGCACCCCGCUUUAACGUUCCGAGCAAGACGGUACAGAUCCACUGAGAACUCAAUACUUUUUCAGACCAGUUGCGGGAUUACCAGCAGCUGCUGGCAGCAAGCAGCUGGACGUCGUCAGUUGCGGAGACACGGCGGAACUGUGUCGUAUCCUUACGGCGGCGUGUCAUCCAUGCUAGUCCUUGCAGACGAGUCAGAAGAAACAAAAACUGCAGCACAGGGUAUCCAUUAAUAGCUGUCAUUCCGUUUUGGUUGUCACAGUGUCUGGUGUCAUGCCUAGAGUAAAAUCAACGAAAAGCACCGGUUAUGAAGUAUCGGUCGAUUGCGUGAUCGUCGUGGCAGCAGAGUAGUGGCUAGUCUACGAGCAGUCGUCGGAGGAAUUGGUGGUCAUAAUAAUUACGAUGGUAUUCGUUCGUUUCUUUCGUCGAUAGCUGUUUCGCCCACGAGUGGGCAAGGCUGCUCACGCGCUCUGAAUAGACUAGCAUGACACCGCAAGACAACAGGAUAUCGCCGACGACAACCAUCAUCGUUGUGUACACGCACGAUUUGGCAGGAACUUCCAUCAUGACGACGAAUACGGUUGCGGCUUGAUAGGAAAACGUUUUAGCUUUAAAGAAAGCAUAUACGAUGACGGUAAAGGCGGUGGUUCCACUAAUGGUAUCAGUGCAAUCAGAGUUACCCGGCCCGUCCACUCAGUAGUAGUGGAAAUAAACCUAGCCUAAAAUAUCGACCCGAAGUGAAUUAUCGGACAUCAUACAGAGCAGGAGUACGAUCGAUUAGUAGGUGGCUCCGCUGCAUAGGGUCUAAAUACUAUUAAUAACGGCCGGGGGGUAAUAAGGGUGGUGGAAACGACGGAACAAUCCAUUGAACUAAGCAGCUCCUGUCUAAAAGUCGACAGAUUAGGUGUAAACAUAACUAAAUUGUGACGUUUGUGUGUCCGUGGUAGAUACAGACUGGUUGAUUCGAGCAAAUUGUUGUGCCAUUGGAUACGACGCAUCAAUCUACGCUAUGAGGAGGCUAGUCCGAUCACGAUCGCUUCGCUUAGGGACCAUCUUCCUAUUGGUAACAAUGCAGUCUUGGUCAGCGCGCAUCCCCAGUAGGACAGUUGGGGUACAAGCCCAGAGCAGUCUCUCGAUAAGCAUCGUUCACAAAUCUCCUGAUUCGCAUCAUCGCCAUCACGAUUAUGGACAUGAUUGCAGUUAUAGCGAUGGUCGGCCCAGUGAUUUUUUCAAUGAGGUUCGCGGCGUGUCAACAGCAGCCAGACAAAGCAACCAACAGCAAAACGCUUAUGUUGGUCCUCGUAUUCCGAUCAGGUAUGACAUUGGUACUCCAGUGUCCCCGCGACCUCUACCUAGCUAUCCAACACUUCGUCCAGCCCCACGGCCCAGAUAUCCUUCAUCAAGGUUUUCGUCAGCCGAGAUAUCAAAAAUCGUUAAGGAUGCCAAGACGUUAGUAGACGAACGUCUGGCUCACGAGCAAAAAAUCCUAAUGGGAACGUAUCAGGUGCCUGCCUUGGAACCGGAUAGUGGUCAUCAAGCAAAGCUUAACCCUAGAUGGGCACUUUCGCCUGCAACACAGGGUGGUGCAUUGACAACUAGGAUAAGAAACACCUCUAUCACGGCCCUUCUAGCCGAGGAAGCAACUCGACUUCUAGCUAACACGUACGCGUUAAAUGGGCAGGCUGUCGCUCACGAGUUGCCUCUUGUCGAUAUACGCGGAACCGAGUUGGACCGGCAAUGCUCACAUCGUUUUGAGUAUCCUUGCUAUCCCCACAAGUACCGCUCCUAUAAUGGGCAUUGCAACAAUGUACAAAAUCCAAAUUGGGGAAAUUCGGGCACCCGGUACGGAAGAUUCUUAGCCCCCGAUUAUGCUGAUGGUAUAUCGGAACCGCGGAUGCGUUCAUCACUCGCCGGUGGAGGUACGCUCCCAUCAGCCCGGAAUGUAUCCCUUCGUGUUCAUGGCGACGCAGAUCAACCCCAUCCUCAUGUUAAUGUGAUGUUUGUGGCUCUAGCGGAAUUCGUCGCGCUCGACCUCGCCAACACGGCGUCGUAUGCAGGUGCUGCCAAAGAGCCUCUACGAUGUUGCGGAGUUCCUCUUGAACUCUUCCAUCCUGAAUGUUUUCCGGUCCGUGUACCUGAAGGAGAUCCGACAUACCCCCACAAAGCAUGUUUGCACUACAUUCGUUCUACGCCAGCCGUGCGAACCGGAUGCACUCUUGGACCGCGCGAACAAAUAAAUCAAGCGACCUCAUUUAUCGACGCCUCUCCUUUGUACGGAAACUCACGAGAAGAAGCUGUUCCGCUGCGGCUCUUCCAAAAAGGAGAACUUUUAGCCGACCACGAACUUCAUAAGGGAGGAGUGGCACCUAGAAUGGCAUCUGGUGCGCCUAGGGUCUGUCAAGGACAACUCUGCUUCCUUGCCGGUGAUCUUCGAAUCAACGAAAAUGCCCCUUUGGCAUCGAUGCAUGCUCUCUGGUUAAGGGAGCAUAACCGUGUGUCUCGAACUCUGGCCUCCUUAAAUCCACACUGGAGAGAUCAUGUUCUAUUUGAGGAGGCGAGAAGAAUCGUCAUUGCCGAACUGCAGCACAUUGUCUACGCGGAGCUGCUGCCUGCGAUCAUCGGAUCUGAACAGGUGGAAAAAUAUCGCCUGCGCCCUUUAAACUCCGGAUACUCCGAGGACUACAACAUCAAUCUUGACCCAUCAACUGCAAAUGAAGCGGCAACUGCUGUCUUGCACUUUGUAAUCUCUAUGAUGCCAGGAUACCUUGAGCUCCAGGAUUUACACAAUAGCUCCCGAAAGACACAGAUGGAAACCUUACGAACCUUCUACGCCCCGGAUGAGGUGCGUUCCCAUAUAAACGAGUUUGUUCUUGGAAUGCUGACGCAGCAUGCCCAGGCUAAAGAUGAAUACGUUUCCGCGGCAAUGACUAACACCUACCCUAUGAAUACCACAUCAUAUCAGGUGGGCUUAGAUGAUGUCUCAAUCUUAAUACAGCAAGGCCGCGAUCAUGGUAUACCUGGUUACACAGCGUUCCGCCGCUUCUGCGGUCUCGAUUUGCAACUUCACCAAUUCAAAGAUUUCACUUCCAUCACAACCCCAGAAACUGCUAAAAACCUAGCGUCUUUAUACUCAUCUGUCGACGAUGUGGACCUUUUUGUUGGGGGGAUGGUCGAAACUCCACUGGAAGGGGCAGUCGUUGGUCCUACAUUUGCAUGUCUGUUAGGUUUGCAAUUUCAGAAAAGUAAACAGGGAGACCGCUUCUAUUAUGAGAACGAUCUACCACCCUCAAAGUUUAGUAAAGAACAACUCGCGCAAAUCCGCCGAGUAUCUUUAGCCCGUUUGAUCUGCGAUAACACCGUUGCCUCUGAAAGGGACGCUAUUAAGCUACAACCUGCUUCGCUCUUUAUGCCCGACCCGUUCUUGAACGCAGAGGAGGCGUGUUCAUCACCUGGGCUGGAGCGGGUUGAUUUCUCUGCCUGGAAGUCGUUGCGUUCAGCGGAUUUCACUGAUCAGUUUAGCAGGGACCAGCUUAAACUACAGCUGAGCAUAGCGCGUGAAGAACUCGAUAAUCUACGUCGAGAGGAGAUUCGUCUCCAAAAGAGACAAGGGAGUCCAGAUCAAGCGUCGUCUCAGGCCGUUCUCUCAGCUCUGCUUCGACCAAGUGAAGAUGCACUGAGGUUAGCUAACGAGUCACUACUGCUGGAGCUUGCUUCGAAAGGAAUUGUCUUCAACUAUCUUCAUACUCUUGCUUCAGAUCGAGACGGUGAGCGUGAGGCGGAUAGCAUGCAAGAUCUGUUGGCAAUGUUGGCAACAGUCGGAUUACCCGAAGAUUUACGGCCCACGCGAACUCCUGGACACUGCGAUGAUACCGUUUUGCCUUGUGAUCACACUACAAAAUUCCGCACAAUGACCGGCUGGUGCAAUAAUCUUCGUUACCCUUUUUUCGGGAAAUCGCUCACACCAUUUGCUCGGCUUGCCCCGGCUAAAUACUCCGACGGCGUGUCGGAAAUGGCGACGAUUGGCACGACAGGCCAGCCUUUGCCCAAUCCUCGAGCAGUGUCCACAGCGAUACAUUACGACAUCGCCGACGCACAUCGUCGUUACACUCUGAUGCUUAUGCAAUGGGGCCAGUUUCUCGACCAUGAUAUCACGCUCACACCGAUGGUCGAAUACCCGGACAAAUCGAAUAUCAAUUGCAAACGUUGCGACUCUGCUACAACGGUUCAUCCUGAGUGCAGGCCAAUUAAAAUACCCCCGGGCGACCGGCAUUUCCCUGCGCGACAGCCUGAUGGAUCGAAUAACUGUAUAAGCUUUGUGAGGUCACUGCCUGGCCAACAAAAUCUAGGCGCCCGUCAGCAACUUAACCAGGUUACUGCAUUUAUCGAUGCUUCAGCCGUUUACGGCUCAAAUCGCUGUGAAAUGCGACGCCUUCGGUCUUAUCGUGGUGGCCGACUCAACGUGACAAAUAUCGGGAUCGGCCUAAAGCCCCUUCCGCCACAGACGGCAACGCAUAAGGAGUGUCGUGCGCCGUCACGCUUGUGCUUCACAGCAGGCGACGACCGCGUGUCAGAACAGCCUGGCCUGGCAGUAAUUCACACCAUGUUACUUCGAGAACACAAUCGUGUCGUGGAAAAGCUCUCCCGUGUCAAUCCGCAUUGGGAGGACGAACGGCUAUUUCAAGAAGGUCGUCGAAUUGUUUCGGCUGAAAUGCAACAGAUAACCUAUGGGGAGUUUCUUCCUCGGGUGCUCGGCAGAGCGACUAUGGACCACUAUGAACUCAAUCUUGCCUCCAACGGGUAUUCUCGCGCAUACAACCCAGAGGUGGACCCAAGUGUAUGGAAUGAGUUCAGUACAGCUGCUUUCCGCUUUGGCCACACGUUGAUUGCGCCGUUCUUCAGACUUCUCGGAAAUGAAUACGAUGAACAGCGGCCGGAAGCUCUACAGCUUCGCAAAGGAUUUUUCAACUCUGAUAUGCUUUACAGACCCGGCGCAAUUGAUUCGAUGUUGCGCGGGCUAGUUUCAGUAUCGAUGCGGAACUUCGAUAGCGCGGUAACUGAGGAGGUGACGAAUCAUCUAUUCGAAGAAAGGAGAAAGCCCUUCUCCGGCAUGGAUCUCAUAGCGUUGAACCUUCAGCGCGCCAGAGACCACGGCCUAAGUGGUUAUAACGAAUACCGCCAUAAAUGUAAUCUGAACAGAGCAACGUCAUUCGAGGAUCUCGUGGAGAUACCGGAGGCUGUUAGACAUCGCCUGGCUCUUAUUUAUGCCCAUGUAGACGAUAUCGAUCUGUUCACGGGUGGACUUGCGGAGCGGUCACUCCAUGGAGCUGUAGUAGGGCCAACGUUCGCCUGUCUUAUCGGUGCCCAGUUCUCCAAAAUGAAACGAGGAGAUCGAUUCUUUUUCGAGACAGACGAUCCAGCCGUUAGAUUCUCUGAAGCUCAAUUGGCAGGUCUUCGAGGAGUGACUUUGUCGCGGCUGUUGUGUGAUAAUUCUGAUCGGAUAACGACAGUUCAGAAGAAUGCUUUCGACCAAAUCGACGAUUUUCUAAAUCCUCGAGUUGCAUGCAGUACGCUACCAUCCUUGGACUUAAAGCUUUGGAGAGACGGGGAGUCGUGUUCCGUGCAAGCAAAGAACAUACCGCGAGGACAGUCGCUAACAGUAUCUCCGUGCAGAAGCUGUACAUGCACAGCUGAAGGAGUGUACUGCACGCCGGUUCGUAUAUCAGACUGCUUUGCUCUGUUAAAAACGCAACACAAUUCUGAGAUUUUCGAAGACGCGGCUUGCAGGGUUCAGUGUGCGUUUGCUAUGGUAAUCACCGAUUCGAGACGUGCCACGAGACCCAUCGAACGGCACCCAUCGCAGCAGGCAUCACGCUCAGAAUCCCAAGAAACAGAUAGAUUUUAAGUGCCCAUUAUGAAGAUAGAAAAAAUAUUGAAUUCGUCCACUUUGUUGUCAUAACGUCUCUAUUUACAUAGCAUACAUUAUUGGACCUUGUUGCAAUUACUAAAAUUACUAAAUUACUAAAAAUAUUUUCAUUUGUGUAAGUAUUCUUUCUAUUGUACCUCGAGUGCAUUGCAACAUUGGGAUGAUAGUUUAGAAAGUCAAGCGAUUGAACAAAAUACCGAAUAAAAAGUAUAAAUAGCAUUAGAUGCUAAAAAAUAAUUGUUUUAUUUUCGGUCAUUUCGAACCGAACUGAGCUCUUUGUCUCGUCCUAUCUCAGUAUCUCUGAACACAUCGUUGGCUCAUGUAUUGAUACUAACUUUCGGUUCUGCACCUGUACUUGCCAGCGUGACGCAAAAAAACUUCUAUUCUAGAUUAAGACCAUUGGAGUAAAGAUCAGUUAAAUACAAGAACCGCUACAUAGCGUCUGUUUCAAAAUUGCUGACCUUCAAGUCUUAAUAGGUUCACUGUUUUAGUAUAAUUUAUACCUAUUACUGGAGGAGAUGUGCAUGAGUGUUGUAUACAUUAUAAACUGA